CUUGUCGUGCAGAUGUUGACAUUUUUGACACCGGGAACAAAAGGAGAUCCCUCUCGAUAUGUCUGAUGGCAGUCCAAUCCGAGCAUGGAUCCUCGGUGCCGUGCUCAGUCAUUCAUAUAUCUGACGAAACUAAUCACCACCCUCAUCAGCAUUACAAGAAGACAGACCUCCCACGCUGCAAACAUCAGGCUUUAUUCUCAUAGAUGAAACGCCAGCUCUUUAUCAUAUGAGCUCUCAGUGAGACCUUUAGCCACACAGGGUUCAUUGUGUCAUACCUGACUGGUCUGCUUUGUAAAUCAGGCGUGAGGGCUGUAAUUGAAAGAUUUAUCCAGAAAUAAUCAUGUUUUCUGCAUUUUAUAUUUAAGCACACUUACCUCACAUCUUUAUUUUGUUCAAUUUCAAAUAUGAAAAGAAGUAGCCUACUGAUUUUAUCAAUCACGCAGUUGGCGAAACAUUGGCGAUCUGGCUAGCUGUGUGUCACAAUGACUCUCUCUCUGAUCAAAUCUUGUCAUUUGUUAUCUUGGUUUCGACACGUCUUUCUACAGAGACUGUGGAGCAGGCUGGCACAUGCAUGGAGCUUUGGAUGCGAGCUGUGGGGCACAGCUAUGCAUGUCAAUAGGACAGACGCGUUGUGCCUCCUGGGAACGUCUUAUCUUCUCAGUUCUGUGCGCUGAAGAUGGUAAUCUCCUUUAGAUUCUGGAUCGCCGUAAACCAAACAAUCUCUGUCUGGUCUAUUAUUGUUUUGUAUUAUGAAUUUUGUUUGAGUGAUAAUUACAUUUUUUUUGCACACUCCAUUCAUUACAGAUUCAUAUUUAACCGUCUCUCCUGUCCAGCAGAUUCAUCAGAAUAUUCUCUUGUCUCAUAAAACUGACAGGUAGGCAGAGGACAGUCUACUCCCAGACAUAUAUUGGCUCUACUCCAGUAUCAUCUCAAAGACCCGUUGGGAACGUGGGUACCGUUCUUGAACCCCGCUGUGCACGAAUCUGUCCUUUGGGCCUUCAUAAUUGCUCCAGUGCUGAGGAGCAUGAGUGAAUGCUGUUGGAUUUUGAUAACACCGCUUUGGUUGAUUUUUCUUCUAAUCCAUAAAACCGCAUAAAUCGGAAAAGGUUUAUUCCCUUGAUGCAAGCGAUUCAGCCUAGCUUUGGUGUGUCUAGUCCCACGGCAUGCAAGUGGGUCAGAUUUUAACACACGCUGGUCGACUCAUGAGCAGCCUGAACCGUUUUGAUUAGACUGCGUUCUUACAGGGAAAGGGUUGCAUUGAUAAUGAAUCGCGCGUUAACCCGCCGUCUGCUCUAGUGGUUUCGACAAAAAUGUCAUGUGUAAAGAAGCUUUGUGGCAGAAAAAGGCAACAUGUCAAUCAGGAUUAUCCUGUGCAAUACUCUGAACGCUAUGUGGAGGUUUACACAGCGGAGCAUGUCAGAGUAGCACUCCAUGGAGAGCGAAUUCUUCUUCUAUUUUCUUUUUCCAGUUUUUUCCCCGCUGAGAUGAUGCUCUUUGAAUAAUAAUGCAAGUCUCAAAGGUCUGUGUGUAUGUCUCUGACAACUUGUAUUCUAUCAUACAACAGGCAUGAACAUUUUAAACAUUUCAAUAAUAAGAACUAAGACAUGAAUUAAAGGGAUAAUGCACCCCAAAAUAAACUUACCCUCAUGUCAUUUCAAACCUGUAUGACUUUCUUCUGCAGAACACAAAAGAAGAUAUUUUGAAGAAUGUUGGUAACCAAACAACACUGGCCCCCAUUGACUUCCAUUGAAUGGGCACAAAAACCACUCAAUAUCUUCUUUUGUGUUCCACAGUGGAAAGAGUCAUAAACAUUUUUUGAAUGACAGAAUGUUUAUUUUUGGGUGAACUGUUCCUUUAAGCAAUAGCUUAUUGACGUAUUAGUUCCAAUUUAUUUAUUAUUAUUUCCAAAUGUAUUUCUCUCUCUCAUAUGUAUAUGUUAUAUAUAUGACAUUUUAAGAGAUUAUGUGAAAAUGAAUUCAGUAAGACUUAAAAAGUCUCCUAUUCAAAUCAGUUGCUGAUUUAAUUAAUCACCCAUUUGUCUUAUUGUACUACAUUAAGCCCCAUGACAUCUUUCGCUCUGCAGUAUCUUUACACCACAGGAAACUUGCCAUUGACAGUUUACAGCAUAUAUGAGAAGUGGAAAUGUAUUGCUAUACUCCAGCUGCCUGCAGAUUGUCAGCUGCAAUACAUCAAGGUAAUGGAAUGGCAAGGGUCCAAUUCAAUCUGCCUCACAGAGCCCUUCUGAAAUGUAUAGUUACAACCUUCCCCAAACGAUUCAUGUCAUAAAUUAUCAAACGACAUUAACAAUGUUUCAGGGUGAUUUUUGACUCCUUCUGAGAUCACAACAUUCGUCUGAAGAACCAAAGAACUCACGGAACACUGCAUUUUCUGAACCCUUCCUCAUGUUGAAGUCAUAGUAAUUGGUUUACUUAAGGAGAAGAAUAAAUCCCUUACAAUAUUAAACAUUAUUAAUCUUCAGCUCUGUUUUUUCUGUAUCAUAUCUAGAGGGUUUUUUUAUAGCCACAAUAUCAGAUUUCAGAUCUCAAUGAGCAGCCGCAGUCUUGCUGUCUGUCAGGAUUCUAUUAUUGAUGUAAGAGAAAAACAACAGUGUUAUGGACGAUAAGGAAAGAAUUCAUCAGUUCCAGACAGUUUGUUUUCAUGAAUAAACCUAACGAUUGAUGACCCUUUAUUCUGUAAAUAAAAUGUUAUGGAUUGGCAGCUUCAGUCACCAUUUACUUUCAUUGUAGGGUGGCAAAUGCAAUAAAAGUGAAUGGUGCCUGCAGGCGGUCAAUGCCAAACAUUCUACUUUUGUUUUAGUUGUAUUAGAAAUGUUAACGUUUCUAGCACAAAACUGAUUCUUGUCAGAAGGACUAAAUACGUCUUUAAAUCUUGCAUUGAGAUGUUUGUACUCGCACUGUUGAAAUUAUUUAGCUCUGCUGCAUUUUCAAUGUAAUGAUUUUGAACUGGAUUUAUAGCGUGUCACCUGCAGAGAAUCUCAACUGUUGAAAGACCCUGGGUCAGAGAACUCGCAGUGAUCGUCCAGUCCAUUUUCAGUCAGUCUUGCUGGGAGUCAGAUAAUUGAAAGCUCAUGCUGAUAAACAUAAUAUCUGGGAUUUUGAGCAACACAACCACAGCUGUAAACUGUGAAUGUGGGUAGUUUACAGUAAAAGUCAAACAAAAAAAUCAUGCAGUGUUACCCCUGUGUCUUUUAAAACAACAAAACAUUUUCUAAUUCUUGUAUAAUUAUUAUAUAGACAGAUUGUAGGCCUAUUACCAGUGUUGGGUGUAACUAGUUACUAAGUAAUUAUUUACUGUAAUUUAAUUACUUUUCCCUUGAAAAGGUAAAGUAAGGGAUUACUCUUGUUUUUACUGUAAUUUAAUUACAGUUACUUCUGAUGUAAUUAAACUAAAUAUUGUGUAAUAUAUUCAAUAGUGGAAAUGACAUCAAAAAUAUAAAUCUAACUUUAAAAUGUAUGCUGUAAUGUAUCCUUCUCACAUUUUAAUACUUUGGUUGGUUAAUAAGAAUAAUUUAUGUUAUUAUUUAUUUGAAUGAAUCAAAUAAGCCAUUUCACGUCUAUCCUUGAAUCAGUUCUAAUCAAGGUUGAUGUAGGAUAUAGAAAGUAAUUAGUAAUAAGUAAUUCAAUACUUUUUGGAGAGAGUAAUUUGUACAGUAAUCUAAUUACACUAUUGAAUAUGUAAUUAGUAACUAGUAAUUAAUUCCUUUUUCAGAGUAACUUACCCAACACUGCCUAUUACCUCCUCUUAAUUAAAAGACUUUUAAAGUCAUUUACUGCACCAGUGAACUGCAAAAAGUAAUUAAAUUAUGAAAUGAUUACAGCUUCUAUACAUAUUACGUUCGUUCUCAUUAUGCAAAGAUUGGCUAUACUGUCACGUGACUUAAAGGUGCGUUUGCUCGGCGCUGCGCAGACUGUUCGAUCGGCGUUUGACAUCAAAGUACCGCGAGAGGUAUUCGAAAGCCUAAAAAACGUCUGCUCUCGCGGUACUUUGCUGUCACAGACCGAUCGGUCUGUGCAGUCUCGCAUGCAGUCGAACACACCUGAGCUUCAUUAUCGUUAAUUUGCAAUGGCUCGGUAAGCAACAGAUCUUAAUUUAGUUCAAACGUGUUACUGUUUCACGUUGAUUGAUCAUGAACGUUGACAUGUACGUAUUAAGGUGACGCUUGAGGUCAAAGCACUUAGAUUUUCUUAUUCCAGUCCUUUUUUUUUUUUAGCGCAAAAAGGUUUGUUGGUCGUUUGACUAAUUGUUACGGAGUUACACUGUAGUAUGGGUAGAGUUCUCAAUAGUGAACAAUAUAGACUUUAUGUUUAAGGUUGUGUUAAUUUGACUUUCAUCUGCUGUUCAAGAUGAGUUCCCGAAGCCUCGCACCUCUUUCCAGUCGUAACAGUCAGGAACACAUUAUGGGUUUGGGGAGACUGAGAGCGGAUGGCCUGCGCGCUCACAAGCCCGGCCAAAGAGUUGUACUUGGCGUUUUGAGCGAGAAUGAAUCGCAUAAUCGAGUAUUUGGGGAGGCUUCGUCCAAAUAUGGCACAGCUUUUCAGGACGUUUCUCUCCAUAACGCACGCGUUGGCGUCCACGAGCCCGAGCCCGUCACUGCGCAGCCCAGCGAACAACCGGCGUCGUUCCUGUUGGACUCUGAGCUUCUUCUGCUAGACGAUGCCGUCAAUGACGUUGGCUCAGGUUCGUGCAUGGAUGCUUCUAUGCAGUCGUUGCCAGAAGAGGAAGCAACUUCGCAUGAUAUCUUGUGUGUCCCAGAAUAUGCGGAGGACAUCCAUCGAUACCUUCGUGAAUGCGAAAUUAAAUACAGGCCAAAGCCCGGCUACAUGAGAAAACAGCCAGACAUAACCAACUGCAUGCGGGUUAUCCUUGUUGACUGGCUGGUUGAAGUGGGCGAAGAAUACAAGCUGUGCUCUGAGACUCUCUACCUGGCUGUGAAUUACCUGGACCGCUUUCUGUCAUGCAUGUCUGUGCUACGAGGGAAACUGCAGCUUGUGGGAACGGCUGCUAUACUCCUGGCUGCAAAAUACGAAGAGGUGUAUCCUCCGGAAGUGGAUGAGUUUGUCUACAUCACCGAUGAUACCUACACAAAGAAACAGGUGCUUCGAAUGGAGCAGCACCUGCUCCGAGUGCUUGCCUUUGACAUGACUGCACCCACCGUUUCACAGUUAUUGAUGCAGUACACCUUGGAAGAGCAUAUCUGUGCCAGGACUACAAACCUAGCUUUGUAUCUUUCAGAGUUGAGUCUGCUUGAGGUGGAUCCUUUUGUGCAGUAUCUACCAUCUAAGAUUGCUGCUGCAGCAUAUUGUCUGGCCAACUACACAUUAAAUGGGGCUCUGUGGCCUGAGAACUUGUACGCCUUCACCGGUUACUCUCUGACUGUCAUUAGCCCUUGUUUGAAAGCGCUUCACAAGCUCCAUGUAUGUGCAGCAAGUCGACCCCAGAGAGCAAUCCAGGAGAAGUUCAAGAGCUCAAAGUACUGUGGCGUGUCCUUGCUCAAACCUGUGGGGGUUUUGCCACUACCUUAGUGUUUGGACCGUGACCAUCAAGGCCGAUGAAAUGACUGCAGCGCUUAAGUCUCUUGUAAAUACUAAAUGGAUUUUUUUUUUAAAUGUUUUAACUUUAAAAUGUGAUUUUUAUCAUAAGCUUAUUUUAACAAAGUAACCAAUAAAAUGGUGACUUAAGUCCAGCUUGCUGACUGCACUUGUGCGUUUCAACUAGACAGAAGAACUCAUGACUCUUCACCCCUAGGUCUUUUACUUAACCUGUGUUUUUACGUUGUGUACCAUGUCAUGUACUUUAGCCUGUACUGUAGGUCUUCAAUAAAACUAAG